UUAUAAAUACAUAGACAAAAUCACUGGGUGUUAUCAGCAACCCCCGCCAACGCACUGGUUCACUCGCUCCAAUGGAAUAGAAACAACCAACUUGUAUAUAAAAAAAAAAGAGAAAAAAAAAAAGAAACUGUUUGUUCCUUUUGGCAGCCAACAACCCCCCUCUAUUACUAAUUACCCAUUUUGGCUUUGGCCUCUUUCUGGGCUUAACAUCGCUAGCUAGCUCUGUUGUGUAUUGUUAAUCAUGGAACGUGCUCGGAGACUCGCAAACCGGGCUGUUCUGAAACGCCUGGUUUCAGAGGCCAAGCAGUAUCGACAGAAUGAGACAGUGUUGAACUCUUCGUCUCCUGUGUCCUACACACCUUCGAGGUAUGUAUCGUCUAUGUCUUCCUGUUCUUUCAUGCGUAGGAGUUCUAGAUCAGAUUUGUUAGCUGCUAGAAAUGUGUCGUACAAUGUUGGGUCACACACCCGGUCGAUUUCGGUCGAGGCAUUGAAACCCAGUGACACUUUUCCACGCCGACAUAACUCUGCCACGCCAGAUGAUCAAUCUAAAAUGGCUGAGAUAUGUGGGUUUGGUGGUCUUGAUCCGCUAAUCGAUGCCACCGUGCCCAAGUCCAUUAGAAUCGAUUCUAUGAAGUUUUCAAAGUUUGAUGAGGGAUUGACUGAGAGCCAAAUGGUUGACCAUAUGAAAGAUCUGGCAUCCAAGAAUAAGAUAUUCAAGUCGUACAUUGGGAUGGGAUACUAUAACACCUAUGUUCCCCCUGUGAUUUUGAGGAACAUAAUGGAAAAUCCUGCUUGGUAUACCCAAUAUACUCCAUACCAGGCUGAGAUAUCCCAAGGUCGGCUUGAGUCUUUGCUUAAUUUCCAGACUGUGAUAACGGAUCUCACUGGCCUCCCCAUGUCCAAUGCUUCGUUGCUCGAUGAAGGAACCGCAGCGGCUGAGGCAAUGGCCAUGUGUGAUCACAUUCAGAAGGGGAAGAAGAAGACUUUUCUGAUUGCCAGCAACUGCCACCCACAGACUAUUGAUGUUUGCAAGACUAGAGCUGAAGGUUUCAAUCUUAAUGUUGUCACCGUGGAUCUUAAAGAUAUUGAUUACAAAUCUGGUGAUGUCUGUGGUGUCCUUGUCCAGUAUCCGGGCACCGAGGGUGAAAUUCUGGACUAUGGGGAUUUCAUUAAAAAUGCUCAUGCCAAUGGGGUUAAAGUUGUGAUGGCAACCGAUCUCUUGGCUUUGACGUUGUUGAAGCCACCUGGUGAAUUGGGAGCAGAUAUUGUUGUUGGAUCUGCUCAGAGGUUUGGUGUUCCAAUGGGUUAUGGAGGUCCUCAUGCUGCGUUCCUGGCCACCUCCCAAGAGUACAAGAGGAUGAUGCCAGGAAGAAUUAUUGGUGUUAGUGUUGAUUCUUCAGGGAAGCCUGCUCUGCGUAUGGCAAUGCAAACGAGAGAGCAGCAUAUCAGGAGGGACAAGGCUACCAGCAACAUUUGCACUGCUCAGGCACUACUUGCAAACAUGGCUGCUAUGUAUGCUGUUUAUCAUGGACCUGAAGGCCUUAAAGCCAUUGGCCAACGGGUUCAUGGUCUUGCCGGGGUAUUUGCACUUGGACUGAAAAAACUUGGGACGGUGGAAGUUCAGGGCCUUCCCUUCUUUGACACGGUGAAGGUUAAGACUGCAGAUGCACAUGCAGUUGCUGAUGCUGCCUACAAAAGCGGCAUAAAUCUGCGAAUUGUAGACUCAAACACUAUCACUGUUGCCCUUGAUGAAACAACUACCUUGGAGGAUAUUGAUAAACUUUUUAAAGUUUUUGCUUCUGGAAAGCCUGUCCCAUUCACUGCUGCAUCUCUUGCAGCAGAAGUUCAGAAUGCAAUUCCUUCUGGGCUAACGAGAGAGAGUUCAUAUCUCACCCAUCCAAUCUUUAACUCGUACCAUACCGAGCAUGAGUUGCUCAGAUAUAUUCAUAAGUUACAAUCAAAAGACCUCUCUCUAUGCCACAGUAUGAUUCCACUGGGAUCUUGCACGAUGAAAUUAAAUGCAACAACAGAAAUGAUGCCGGUGACAUGGCCUGCUUUCAGUGACAUUCACCCUUUUGCUCCUGCUGCACAGGCCCAGGGUUACCAGGAAAUGUUCAAUAAUUUGGGCGACUUGCUGUGUACCAUCACCGGGUUUGACUCUUUCUCUUUGCAACCUAAUGCUGGAGCUGCAGGAGAGUAUGCUGGGCUGAUGGUUAUUCGUGCCUAUCAUAAGUCAAGAGGGGACCAUCACCGCAAUGUGUGCAUCAUUCCUGUUUCAGCCCAUGGGACAAAUCCUGCCAGUGCUGCAAUGUGUGGAAUGAAAAUUGUCACUGUUGGAACUGAUGCCAAGGGAAAUAUCAAUAUUGAACAGUUGAGGAAGGCAGCUGAGGAUAACCGGGACAACCUUGCAGCUCUUAUGGUGACAUACCCUUCCACCCAUGGAGUGUAUGAAGAAGGUAUUGAUGAGAUAUGUAAGAUAAUUCAUGACAAUGGAGGUCAAGUGUAUAUGGAUGGAGCUAACAUGAAUGCACAGGUUGGUCUAACUAGCCCUGGUUACAUUGGAGCUGAUGUUUGUCAUCUCAAUCUCCAUAAAACAUUUUGCAUUCCACACGGAGGAGGUGGUCCUGGCAUGGGUCCUAUUGGUGUGAAGAAACAUUUAGCACCAUUUUUGCCCUCACAUCCUGUGGUUCCCACCAGUGGCAUUCCUGCCCCUGACAAGUCUCAACCUCUUGGUACAAUUUCUGCUGCACCUUGGGGCUCGGCGCUUAUUUUACCAAUAUCUUACACUUAUAUAGUAAUGAUGGGGUCCAAGGGACUCACUGAUGCAUCAAAGAUAGCAAUUCUGAAUGCAAACUACAUGGCAAAACGUUUAGAGGGUUACUAUCCUGUUCUUUUCCGUGGUGUCAAUGGAACAGUUGCCCAUGAGUUCAUCAUUGACUUAAGAGGCUUUAAGAACACUGCUGGGAUUGAGCCUGAAGAUGUUGCCAAGCGUCUAAUGGACUAUGGAUUCCAUGGACCAACCAUGUCAUGGCCAGUUCCUGGCACACUCAUGAUUGAACCUACUGAAAGUGAAAGCAAAGCUGAAUUAGACAGAUUCUGUGAUGCUCUCAUUUCAAUCAGAGAGGAAAUCGCUCUGAUUGAGAAAGGAAAGGCUGACGUCAACAACAAUGUUCUGAAGGGAGCUCCACAUCCACCAUCACUGCUCAUGGGAGACUCAUGGACAAAACCAUAUUCCCGGGAAUAUGCAGCCUUUCCCGCUUCAUGGCUCCGGGCUGCCAAGUUCUGGCCAACUACAGGACGUGUUGACAAUGUGUACGGUGACCGCAACCUCAUCUGCACCCUUCUCCCAGCUUCACAGGUUGUUGAAGAAGAGGCUGCUGCAUCUGCUUAAGUAAUCAGUUCUCAUGAACAUGAAAUCUUCAUCCCCAUCACCAUCUUCAUCUUCAUUUUCUUCUGCUGCUUCUGUAUCAUCCUCUUAUUGUUCAUUGUAUAUAAACUAUCUAUCUUCAUACAUUCUAUUACGACAGCUGUUGACAUUCAUUUCCCUGAUAAUAUAAUGAUGGUCAGCUACUCUAAUUACAACCGUUGCUAAGCUGCAACGCUUUUUAAUGUUGUAAUUAUAAUUGCUUUUCUUCUGUCCUUUAUAACAGUUGGUCUUUAGCUUUUA